AUGCAUGCAAGCAUCGGCGGUCGCCCUGUUCUUUUGGCUGAUCGCGACAUUGGAAUACCAAGGCCAAUCUCCCACACCCGAGGGGCUUUCGGCGUGUGGCUUGCCAUAUCAGACUUGCUUGCAACGGUCAUAUCAUAUUAUAGACCCUGUGCUGUAAUUACCAGUGGAUGGGAGGACGGAUUUCCGGCCUUUGAGGACAUUGUAGGAGAUGACGCACAUGGGGAUUUGGACUUUUCAACACUUGGGAUUCUGGAGUUAUACUAUCACUGUGUUGCUAUCUUGUCCUGUCGGUACAAAUUGACGGAUAGCCUCGACGGCACCAAGGUUUCUUCCAUUCGGCAGGGCCUUGCGGCAGUUCGGAUUCACUCUAUUGUUGCCUCAGAAUGUGCAGGCAGGUUACCGCCCCUUCCCAUAGUCCCUUACGCGAUAUCCCUGUCAAUGGGUGUCUCCUACCGGCAGCUUCGCUCGAGCAAGCUGAUUACCCAUUUCAAUCGAGCCAAGGCCAGCUUGGAGGCAUGCUGCUAUUUGCUCGAGGAUCUCAGUCCUGGCUGGUCUUCUGCCGAAGCAAUGGCACGCCUUGGCCGGAAAGCUUUAAAACAUAUUGACCGCGAGCACCUGCAAUAUGCUCAACCGAAGACGGUCUCACUAUCCCAGCCUCACGUACAUACAGGUCCGCCGGAGCCUAUCGAUCUCUCCAAUAACAAUGAAGCCGUGUCAGAGCUGGGCGAUCAUGGAGAUGAUUCCGGUAUGUCAGUCGUGGAUCUUGCUCCUGAUAUAUCUAUGGAAAGCCCUCUUCCACCCAUGAAUGAUAUUGAUGCUUCAAUGCAUGGGUUUGCCGACAUUGAUAAUUUGUUUGGGGAAUUUUUGGACCUGUCUCUCCCAACGAACUUUUGGGAUCCCAUAUUUGUAGAGACUGAACCAAGCGAUCAAAGGCCGUGA